ACGUUAAAAAGAAUCCAGAAAAAGAGAAUGAAUCGUCUGUAGCGAUACUCCUCGUCUAUAAAUGAAUGGGACAUUAGACAUUUUUGACAUUCCCGCCAUUUACGAAACACGUGUGCACUUUACCGCCUAAGAAAUACUCAAGGCGCAUAUGCAACCGGAAAUGACUUCAGAUAUUUCUGUGAUGGCGCUAGUGAAUGCCACAUUUUCUGCCUAACCUCUGAACGAAGACAUAUUCCGUCUUUACCGCGUGUACUGUGCGCAUGUAAAUACCUCUCUAACAAGCUACUUGAGUUUGUGCGUGCUAUUUGUUUUAAGAAGCAAAUAUGUCUAAGAAAUUCAAGAAGAGGUCUGCGAAUGAUCUAAUAGAAAAAUCUGAAAAGAAAGAUAUAAAAGAUACAUUGUCACCGCCAAAAAAACAAAAACUAGAAACAGUUUCUAAUGUACAAAGUGGAAAUGCAGUUUCCAAGAAAGCAAAAAAAGCAGUUGCUUCCCAAAAUAAUAUAAAUGUAAAUAAAAAAAAGAAGGAAAAAAAUAAAAGUGAAAAUAAUACUUCUCUUUCUGAAGUUGAACGGAACAAAGAAAGCCAGAAUGGAGAAGGAGCAACUUCUCCAACAUCCAAAAAGAAUAGAAUUACAUUAUUAAAGGAGCAAAAUAAAUUAAGUAAAGAGAAACGCAAGAUAUUCCGUCGUGAAGAAGGACAAGUGAAAACAAUGACCUCUAAAUUGUCUAUUGAACAAAUAAAAGAAAAAAUCAAAGAGUUACAAAGUAGAGAAUCAUUGUCUAAAUCUGCAAAAAAGAAAUUGGGUACUUUUAAAAAAAUAUUGAAAGUACAAGAAGAAUCAAAUGGUUUGCAAGAAUCAACUGAUAGCAAUAAAGAUACAUCUGACACUACAAAAGUUAGUGACAAAAAAGAAAAGAAAGUAAAGCUUGCUACAAAUGAAAAUAAUUUGGCAGGCAAUAAUAGCAAGAAAAAAGUUCAAAAGGUACAAAAGGAUACAAAAUUGAAACAAAUGGAGAUGAUCAAUGAAAAAGAUAAAAAAUCAUUGUCCGUCAAAUCUACAAAUAAGCAGAAAUCUAAACAGCAAAAAAAUGCUAAAGUACAACCAGGUAGUUUAUUAAGACUUAAGCCGCAAAAAGAUGAAGACGAAGACGAAGAUGAAGACGAAGAUAUGGAAGAGUUAAGCGAAGAGGAAGAAAAUAAAGCUAUAUCUCAAAAAUCAUUUAAUAAAAAAAUACAUGUAGAAGAAGAUGAUGAUGAGGAGGAGGAGGAGGAGGACGAAGACGAGGAUGAGGAUGUGGACGAGGAAGAGGAGGAGGAGGAAGAAGAUGAAAAAGCAGAAGAAAUGGAAUAUGAAAAUGAGGAUGACGAUGAUGAUGAAGAAGAAGAGGAAGAGGAAGAGGAUGAAGAUCAGGAUGAAGGGGAUAUAGAAGAAGAAGAAGAAGAAGAAGAAGAAAGCAAGGACAAAGGUCCUGAUAAGAAAUUAAAUAUAAAGAAAAAACACGAGAAAAAGAAUGAAAUUCCAAAUGACAAGAAGCAAGGUUCUAAAAAAAAAAGAUACGUUCUCCAUGUUGCAAAUGUACCAUAUAGCGCAAGUUCAAAUGACAUCAGGAAAUAUUUCCUAACUAAAGUCAGUGCAAUAUCAGAUGUUAGAAUACCAAAAAAUAAGAGCACAAAUAAACCCCGAGGAUUUUGUUACAUUGAACUAGGAAAUCAAGAAGAUUACGAGAAAGCACUAUCAUUGAAUAAUUCGACCUUUCAAAAUCGCGUGAUAAAAGUACAAUACACCACAGAUUCUAAACGUGAUAAUGCAAAACAAAUCAUCGUAGCGAAAAACAAAAAAUUGGAUGCACUUCGAAAAGAAGGAAAGUUAGCAGGAAGUCAAAAAAAGACUAACAAAAAAUUACAGAAAGGGAAAAAAAAUGCUAACUCAUUGACGACCUAGGCAUUAGAUAAAAAUAUAUCUAAUUUGCGGAGAAAAACUACCUGUUCACCUUAUCUUUAAUCUCCUAGCUCUUCGUAAUUAAUCUUGCUAUAUACUUAUACGUAUAUAUUCAUAAAGUACGAAGGAGACUAAAGUUAUACUCGAUCAGGUCCCAUAAAUUUUUUUAAUAAAUCUGACAGUUUUUACAAGUAUCAUCGAAUGUCAAUUUUUCGCUGUUAAUCCCACGUUCCAAGCUUCUACGAAAAACAAAAGUAUAUUGUGGCGUACGUCAGUUUAUGUAGAUCAAAUGACACGGUGUCAAAGGAAAGUACACGUUAAUCGAACCGAUGAAAUUCGAUUCGUAUCUCAUCUCCAACUUAUCAGGAUUUACUAUAGCAUAUGAUAGUAUUCCACACGUGCCCGUUAAAAAUAUUAUAAGAAAAUCACGUAUACCCGUAUGAUAUAAAUUAUUGUUGUAAUGCCGAAUUCGAAAGAUAUGAACACAGAUCUUAUAAAUGAUUUAAACGAUGUCUGCGACUUCGAGGAUACUGUGACGUGGUCGAAAGAAACGAUCGAGGUAACGAAUUUUUAUAAUCGGCUUCGAACGGUAAUAGAUUGACUGAUGUAACAUUGUACUUAGUUAUUAAGUAAAUCAAUUUACAUACUUGUAUUCUAACUGUUGCAAUAUUGUUCAUUGAAAAGAAUAAAAAUAAACGAUUUAUUUCAAAGGAAAAA